AUGUUGGCAACCGCUCCUCCUAAAGCCACUGGAUGCACCCCUACACGCUCACUGUCUCUGGCAGCUGCUAUUGGUUGUCUGACGUUAGCCUUCUCUACUUCACCAUCUUCUGCUCAAAUAAGGAUUAUGCUCUGUGAUGAGGUUUCUUCAGGUUAUAUUGAGACUGAAAAGAAGUCUGGUGUUCUUUCUACCUUAUUUGAACAUGCAAUGCAAUAUAGUUGCCCAAGCAUUUACCUUGAAGCCCUUCAGGUAAUCGUUUUGGCAUGGAUUGGUGAAUUGUUUGUUCCUUAG